UUGUUGUCUGUAUAUAGAGGUAACAAUUUUAGGCAAAGCCGCAAAAUCAAUAUCCCGAACAUAAACCUGUGAAGAGCACGGUUCAAAAUUUGAUAAAGAAGAAAUGGCUGGAGUUAAAUCAGAUUUUGUCGAAGACAGAGUGGGAAGAGUCUGGGAUAAGUGUAUAAUUGAUACCACAGUUAAAUUAGGUGGUGGUAUUUUAUUGGGAUCAGUGCUCACUCUAUUAUUUUUCCAACGGAGAAAAUGGCCUAUAUUUGCAGGUGCUGGAUUCGGAGUUGGAAUGGCAUAUGCGAAUUGUGAACGAGAAAUGAAUAAUAUUAUUAAACGUUCAUGAAUUUUAGUGAUGUUGUUAAUUCAAAUUAUGUAUCAUGAUAGUCAUUAUUAAGUAAAUAUUUUAAGAGCUUAUUGAGCUUUUUGGACGCAUUUCAAAUGGUUGUCUUCAACAUACAUUCGUUUAUGUAAAUAUACAUCAAAUAUUUAAAAUAUACACUUGAAUAGCUUCGAUCGAGUUUUAAUGUGCUAUCAUUUCAUUUGUUAGAAUCGAACGAUAAUUGUCGAGAGUUUUAUUUAACUUCUUGUGAUUAUGUUCCAAUAAAUUAUUAAAUCUAUA